AUGAAAACUGUUGAAGAAAGAGGAGGAGGUGCUCGUCACGUGGUCUUCUGCACUCAUGUCCAAGACAAGAGUGCUGUUCAAAUCAUGUCAGAGUGGAACAACGAUCAGAACAACGUAGCCUUGGAGCAUCCGUCAAAGUCCAGUACCUUUGUAGCAAGCAUGCACCAUUCCUUUGGCUCGCCAGCGAGUACCUUUCACGUCUCGUUCUCUCAAUCGAUGUUCGGACUCGGCGGGCCUGCUUCAGCGAAUGUGAUUGAAAACGUACAAAUAUACUUCCCUACUUCUCAGGUCACGCCCGAGUUCCAGAAGCAAAUCGAGCAAGAUUUCGCCAAGUUUAAUGAGAUUGUGAUGAGAGGCUCGCAGGGAGAUGUGGGAUUGGCGACCGGGUGGGUUCAGGAAGAGCAAGAGCACAAAGAUAUCACGGAAGAGAAGGCUAAGUGCUUUUUUGUUAUCCGGGGAUGGGAAAGCAUGGCCUAUAUCGAGGAAUUGACGAAGCAGGAGGUCUACAAAGAGGCCAUACCGCUACUGCUCGCAUGGAAUGCGCCGUUCAAGUUGGUACGUAUCUGCGCUUUGUUUUAUGCAGUGUGA